UUGCAUGUGUGUAAGAAGGGGGUGAAGAGGGGGGCCUGACAAGCCCUCCCUCCGCAGGCUCGCACAGAUUAUUCUUCUCCAACAUUUCAAACAUGACGAAAGUCCUAACGCAGACGUCUCCGUCGGCACCUCCAUCAUCCUACUCACCGUCACCACCACACACGCCGCCGCCGCCAUCGUCCUCGCCCCCCGCCUCCUCUCCGGCACAGUGAUGACCCCGGCAGGAUGGAGAAGUUGUCGGCGAGCCUGUCGGAGAUCUCCUGGAGCCCGUUAGCGCUGCCGUUGGACGCGGUGGUCAGCAAGUUCCGUCUGCCGACUCUGGUCCGCCUGGCCCCCGGUGAAUGUGUUGAGGGUCUAUCAGAGGAGGAUGUGGUUCUGCUGCACUCCUGUCGCCAGUGGACUACUGUAACGGCUCAUAGCUUAGAAGAAGGACAUUACGUCAUCGGGCCCAAAAUUGACAUCCCCCUACAGUACCAAGGGAAGUUCAAGUUGUUGGAUGAAGACCGAGACAUCAGGGAUCCGGUCCAGUAUUUCUCCAGCGUGGAAGAGGUGGCUGCAGUGUUCCCUGACCGUGUCUUCGUCAUGGAAACGGUCACUUUCAGCGUCAAGGUGGUCUCGGGGGAGUUCAGCGAGGACAGCGAGCCGUACAGCUUCACUCUGCAGGCGGGAGAUGAGCUGUCACUUAUGGGGAAGGCGGAGCUUCUGUGUGCGUCUCCGACUAAGGAAAGGACAGGACUGAGCGCACUCUUGAGACGCCUGGGAAAGACUCCCCGAAGUAAGACUCCCUGCUUGGUGUGUAUGAACCAUCGCACCAAUCAGAGCGUCAGCCUGCCUUUUGCCUGCCGUGGACGCUUUUGCACCCGCUCCCCUUUGGAGCAAGGCAUGCUGGGUGGAGAGCAUACGGUCCGCAGCAUCAUCGAGAGGGUCCGCCUCCCCGUCAAUGUGUCCGUGCCUUCACGCCCGCCGCGAAACCCUUACGACCGCCACGCCGUACGAGAAGGCCACCGCUACAAGCUGCUCAACAUUGUCAGCAAGACGGUCGUGCUUUGCAUGGUCCUCCGCCAACAGGAAGUGUCGCCCUCUCACUUCCUGCUGCUGCGCUGCAUGCCGCGCUUCAACGUGGCCGAGGCGUCCGCGCACACGGCGGCGCUGGAGAGCCUCUUCUUGCGGUACGCCUUCGACACAGACAUCUACUCCCGUGCCGUGAGGGAAACCCGUCCAGAGUUGGAGUGCAUGACGGAGGAGUGUGUGAGCCCGCGGCGCUCGCGCACGUGCGUGGCGGCGCAGGACUCGUUGGCCCCGGCGCUGCAGCAGCUGUCCAUGUGCGGCUACGGGGGCGGGGUUUCGGACAGCCUAUCACAACGCUGCAGGGACUCUCUUGGCGUCCAGCUGGGGGAGGGGCCAGGUGAGGAAAGGGAGUACGUGACCCCUGAGUGGACUGAGGAUGAAAUGAGGACCGCUGAGGAGAUCCCCUAUGAGGAACUUUGGACCAAUCAGAAUGCAGAGGGCAUAGGAAAGGAGGCAAACCUUAUUUCCUUCCGUUCUGCGUCUUCGCUGGACGGUUCCCUUGGUACCAUGGUGACAACAGUGGCUGCUCCGCCUCCUGUUCCUCCAAAGUCUGAUGCUGUGAGAGAAGAAUGUCGCUACUUGAUCGCUCCCCCAGUUCCGCCUCGCUGCUCUAAAGUGGGUUCCGUGCCCAGUCCUGCCCCCAGCCCUCCACUCCCCCCACGCUUUCAGAAGGCCUUCACCUCCCCCAGACCUAACCUGUCCUUCUACUCCUCAGGGCUGCAGGAUAGUUGCUUGCCCUCCCCAGACGCUUCCCUCUACUGCUAUCCAUGUUCCUGGGCGGAUUGCCCCGCCCCCAACGCCACCAAUCCUGACCCGGUCUCAACCGUCCCCGCCGACCCCACAGCCAUCCCUCAGACAGCACAAGCCACCUGGGCAGAGCCGUGGGUGGACUCCUUCGCCACCGGGCAACUAGGACCGCCCCCGCAGAGUCGCUUUGCACCUUUCGGCGCUUUGAACCCUUUCAAUCGUCAGUCGCCUUGCCCGUCACCCGAGCCCACGGACAAUCCAGAUUCCUCCAGAGGCGCGGAGGGAGGCGGAACCGAAGGCGCGCUCGCAACGACCGACCCCACCUGGCGCCCCCCUGCCGACCUGUCUGCGCUGUCCCUGGAGGAGGUGUCGGCCUGUCUGCGCUUCAUCGGCUUGUCCGAGGCGGCGGUUUCCGUGUUCCAGAGGGAGCGGAUUGACGGCAGCCUUCUGGUUCAGCUGACCGAGGACAUCCUGUUCCAUGACUUUCACUUGAGCCGACUCCACGUCACUAAGAUCACGCGGUUCAUACAAGGAUGGAGACCCAAGAUCUAACGAUUGUCUGUCACCAAACACUGGAUUGGACAAUGUCUAGCUCUGACUUGUACCUGGUACCCGAUUAGUUUUAUGAUUUAUUUUUUUUUCAUUGUAAACAUCAAUAUAGCAUAGAGCUGAACCAAACUGUACUACAGGGCUAGAAUGUGCCUGGUAGCCAUCCUUAUUGUGUCUUCCACUGUGAGACUUGAAUUAAACCGCUCCCUCUCUGCAUCCGACACCUUAUUGGCUGUCUCAGAUGCCUCAUUGGAUGUCGUAUUUAGACUACUUCCUGUCUCCGUCCCGUCAUUGGCUGUCGUAUCCAGACUGCUUCCUGUCUCAGAUAAAUGGUAAAUGGGUUGUACUUGUAUAGCGCUUUUCUACCUUCAAGGUACUCAAAGCGCUUUGACACUACUUCCACAUUCCACUGCCUCAUUGGCUGUCGUAUCUAGACUACUUCCUGUCUUGGAUGCCUCAUUGGAUCUCAAAACUAGACUUCUUACUGUCACUGUCCCCUUAUUGGCUGUUCUAUACUACCGUAUUUUUCGGAGUAUGAGUCGCUCCGGAGUAUAAGUCGCACCAGCCGAAAAUACAUAAUAAAGAAGGGGAAAACAUAUAUACGUCGCACUGGAGUACAAGUCGCAUUUUUGGGGGAAAUGUAUUUGAUAAAACCCAACACCAAGAAUAGACAUUUGAAACACAAUUUAAAAUAAAUAAAGAAUAGUGAACAACAGGCUGAAUAAGUGUAUGUUAUGUGACGCAUAAAUAACCAACUGAGAAGGUGCUUGGUAUGUUAACGUAACAUAUUAUGAUAAGACUCAUUCAAAUAACUAUAACGUAUAGAACAUGCUAUACGUUUACCAAACAAUCUGUCACUCCUAAUCGCUAAAUCCCAUGAAAUCUUAUACGUCUAGUCUCUUACGUGAAUGAGCUAAAUAAUAUUAUUUGAUAUUUUACGGUAUUGUGUUAAUAAUUUCACACAUAAGACGCUCCUGAGUAUAAGUCGCACCCCUGGCCAAACUAUAAAAAAACUGCGAUUUAUAGUCCGAAAAAUACGGUACUUUCUGUCUCAGAUGCCUCAUUGGCUUUCAUAACUAGACUACUUUCUGUCUCAGACCCCUCAUUGGCUGUCGAAUCCAGACUACCGUAUUUUUCGGAAUAUAAGACGCAGUUUUUUUCAUAGGGGUGCGAUGUAUACUCCAGAGCGACUUAUGUGUGAAAUUAUUAACAUAUUACCGUAAAAUAUCAAAUAUUAUUUAUCUCAUUCACGUAUGAGACUAGCCGAAUGUCAGCAAUCGUCACACACACACGUCAACUAAUGAAAAUUCGGCGGAAUUGGUCAUGGCAGAAGUGCAUUGUGGGAAAGAAGACGCUACCUGCUACGGUACAUUGGCGGUAACUUAUAAAAACAAAGGGCUGAACAAAAAUGACAUCUCCGUGAAUAGGAGUUUUAAGGCAGUCCUGCGCAGCCUGUGGGAGCAGUGGAUGAUGGAAGGAGAGCACAGCUUCACGGCAACCGGGAGAAUGCGCCACGCAACUUUUCUGGAUGUCAUCGGAUGGAUCGACAAAGCAUGGGCUUCAGCGACAACCGAAACCAUCCAGUCCGGAUUCAGAAAGGCUGGAAUAAUUGGAACUGCACCUGACGAUGACUCUAUGACGUAAGCGACGUACCGAUAGAAGAGGAAGCGGCGCAUUGUCUUCCUUCGGAGUUGGCGGAAUUGUUUAGAAGCGACACCGAAAACGAAGAUUUAAUGGGAUUUAGCGAUCAGGGGUGACAGAUUGUUCGGUAAAUGUAUAGCAUGUUCUAUAUGUUUUAGUUAUUUGAAAUACUCUUACCAUAAUAUGUUACGUUAACAUACCAGGCACCUUCUUAGUUGGUUAUUUGUCAUAUAACAGCCUGUUGUUCACUAUUCUUUAUUUAUUUUAAAUUGCCUUUCAAAUGUCUGUUCUUGUUGGAUUUUAUCUAAUAAAUUUCCCCCAAAAAUGCGACUUAUACUCCAGUGCGACGUAUAUAUGUUUUUUUCCUUCUUUUUUAUGCAUUUUCGGCAGGUGCGACUUAUACUCAGAAAAAUACGGUACUUCCUGUCUCAGACUCAAGAAUGGAAGUAGUUUACUUACAAAUGGCCUGACUUUCUGAGGAUGUAUAGUUGUGUCUUUGUUAGUUACGCUACGAGACGGCUUUACUAGAUUGACCUCUAUAUAAGACAACACCUUUUUUUUUUUUUUUGCAGUCCAAAAAUUAUUAUAUGUUGUUUUCAAACCUGCCCACUGGUGUGUGUAAGUGACAGGAAGAAAAGCUCUGACUCUUUAAUUAAUUUCGAAUUAAUUUCGGCGCCACCUAUUGGUUUGCAUGUAUAAAUCUCUAGACCUCUUUUUCUAGACUUUUAUUUUAUAGUUUCUUAUAUUUGGGUCAAUACAUUUACUGAAUGGAUGGGUUUGGUUGAUCUUUCUACACGAUACAGGUUUACAAUGAACCCAAGUUGUAUUUCACAGCAUUUUGUGGAACCUCAAAAAUAAAUCUGUAGACCUCUUUAUCCAGACUUUUUUUUUAAUAGUUUCUUAUAUUUGGGUCAAUACAUUUACUGAAUGGAUGACUUUGGAUGAUCUUUCUACACAAAACAGGUUUACAAUGAACCCAAGUUGUAUGUCACAGCCUUUUGUGGAAGCUCAAAAACAUAUUGUGAUAGUAUUGUGGCUUAAAAAAUAUUGGAAGCCAGCCGCCAUAAAUAAAUGAAUUACAAUUUUUUUGUACAUUUUUAACAUACCCUGUGUGGGUAACACAUACUGCUGUUUGUAGUUUUUGCCCCAGCUAUCAUGGAUUUUUUUUGACUGCCUCAAAAAUGAUAGUCUCUAAAAAUGUACCUCAGAACUCUUUGGUUGAUAUAAAAUGUACCUCAGAACUCUUUGGUUGAUAUGCUUGAUUUAGCCAUGCAUAAAUAAAAUCAAUCAUGCUUGAAUUUA